ACGUUGGGCAUUGAACAAUCGACAACACGGUUUAUAUAUUAAUAUGGGAAUAAUAACGGAAGGGAAAAAAGGCGCCGCCAGGGUUUCUUUGGUGGGUGUAUGUUUGUUUUUCCUUUCUUGUUCCUUUGAGACUUGAGAGAGAGAGAGAGAGCUUGGCAAAAGCUGGCGCUCUAGAUUCUCUGAAUCUAAAAGAGACCACCACACAGCCUCUGCUGCCCUCUCUGCCUCUCCGUCGACGGAAAGGGAAGGAAAGGAAGCUCAAGUCCUGCCUGCAUUCCGUUUGCAUUUCGUCUUAAGAUCGAGCUGCUGCUCGCUCAAGUUGGAGAUUUGAAAAAUCGGUUUUGUGUUGAGUCGGGAUCUCCCAUCAUAUCAGACUUGAGCUUCUAACUUUGGUACCAUAACAAACAAUCAACUGAUUAAGUUAAGACACUCUGCGUUAACAUCAUUCAUUCGUCGAAAUAACUAAUCUUAGAUGGCGACCGCGUUGCAUUUUUCCGGAGUAAAAACUCUGUGCCCUGCAUCUGCAUCCUCAGAAAGAUCUUUGCAAUACAAGCAACCCUUGUGGUCUCAACGACUCCGUUUUGCAACUUGUGUAGCUUCCAACAACGGAUUCUAUACAAGAGCAAAAAACUUUUCUUGUACAAGUAGAGUUUUGAGAGUCAGCUGUGAGGGAGGAGGAAUCACGGAUGUUCUUGAAAAGAAACAGACUGACAAUCAAUGUCUUGGCGAAAAUGAGAAACAAUUGACGUGUGUUAUGAAAUUUGGUGGCUCCUCGGUGGCUUCUGCAGAGAGAAUGAGAGAGGUUGCUGAUCUUAUACUCAGCUUCCCGCAAGAGAGGCCUAUCAUUGUCCUAUCUGCCAUGGGAAAGACAACUAACAAGCUCCUACUGGCAGGAGAAAAGGCUGUCAGUUGCGGUGUUACUAAUGUAUCUACUAUUGAUGAGUUAAGCUUCAUAAAAGAAUUACAUCUCAGGACUGUGGACGAACUUGGAGUGGACAGCUCUAUCAUUUCAUCACACUUGGAAGAACUAGAACAACUUCUGAAGGGAAUCGCUAUGAUGAAAGAACUGACUUUACGGACAAAAGACUAUUUGGUUUCAUUUGGGGAAUGCAUGUCCACAAGGCUCUUUGCUGCUUAUUUGAAUAAGAUUGGUGUUAAAGCCCGCCAAUAUGAUGCCUUUGAAAUCGGAUUUAUAACCACAGAUGACUUCACAAAUGCGGACAUUUUGGAGGCAACUUAUCCAGCUGUCGCAAAGAGGUUACAGGGUGAUUGGAUAUGCAAUCCUGCUAUUCCAAUUGUUACUGGCUUCCUUGGAAAGGGAUGGAGAUCAUGUGCUGUGACUACACUGGGUAGGGGUGGCAGUGAUUUGACAGCCACAACCAUUGGUAAAGCACUGGGGUUACGAGAAAUUCAGGUGUGGAAGGACGUCGAUGGUGUUUUGACAUGUGAUCCUAACAUAUAUCCACGUGCAGAACCUGUACCAUAUUUGACAUUUGAAGAGGCUGCUGAACUUGCAUAUUUUGGUGCUCAGGUCCUGCAUCCACAGUCCAUGAGACCAGCUAGAGAGGGUGAUAUUCCUGUGAGGGUUAAAAAUUCAUACAAUCCCAAUGCUCCAGGUACUGUCAUCACCCAUGCAAGAGAUAUGAGCAAGGCUGUAUUAACUAGCAUUGUUUUGAAACGGAACGUGACUAUGUUGGAUAUUGUUAGUACUCGCAUGCUUGGUCAAUAUGGUUUUCUUGCUAAGGUAUUUUCAACUUUCGAAGAUUUGGGCAUAUCAGUUGAUGUUGUUGCUACAAGUGAAGUUAGUAUUUCCUUGACGUUGGACCCCUCAAAGCUUUGGAGCAGAGAGCUUAUUCAGCAGGCAAGCGAACUUGACCAUGUCGUGGAAGAACUUGAGAAAAUUGCUGUUGUCAAUCUUCUUCAGCACAGAUCAAUUAUAUCUCUCAUUGGAAAUGUGCAGAGGUCAUCACUGAUACUAGAAAAGGCAUUUCAGGUUCUUCGAACUAAUGGAGUCAAUGUUCAGAUGAUCUCUCAGGGUGCAUCCAAGGUUAAUAUCUCGUUGGUUGUAAACGACAAUGAAGCCGAGCGGUGCGUUAGGGCUCUGCACCAGGCCUUCUUUGAGAACGAUCCCUUUGAAGUAGAGUGUGGAUCCGAGAAUGGUUCUGUCUGAGUAUGGGAGGAACAUUGAAGGAGAUUCAAUUCUUUAACGGUUAUUGUGGUGGUUUAUUUGUUAGCGUACGUAACAUAGAAAUUUUCAACUUUAGUAAUUAGUUUUACCUUUGUUGGGGAAAUCUCUGCCCCUUCGGCUGUCAGAUUAGAAUUGAAGAUGUGGCAUUUUCGCCCAUAUUGUAUCUUGUUGGAUAAUGAUGCAAUGCUUGUAUUGGAAGUCGUUUACUCAGCAAGAAUUAUGUUUCUGGAAAA